UGGCGGCGCUGGGGUUCCGAGCAGCCUGGGGCCCCGCUGGGGCGCGUGGAGGCGGCGCACUACCAGCUGGUCUACACCUGCAAGGUGUGCGGGACCCGGUCCUCCAAGCGCAUCUCCAAGCUGGCCUACCAUCAGGGCGUGGUUAUUGUGACCUGCCCCGGCUGCCAGAACCACCACGUCAUCGCGGACAACCUGGGCUGGUUCUCAGAUCUGGAUGGGAAGAGGAAUGUGGAGGAGAUCCUGGCAGCCCGAGGCGAGUCCGUGCACCGAGUGGCCACUGAUGGGGCCCUGGAAGUGGUGUUGGACCCCAUGGCAGCCCCCCAGUCUGCAGCAGCCCAGGAAGAGGGUGAGGACAAGGAUGCCAUCCACCCUGUGGCCGCCCCCCAGUCCACUGCUGCCCAGGAUGGGGAUGCCUCAAACAAGGCUGCUGCCCACCCUGGCAAGGCCGAGCCUGGCUGACCCCGCCCGCUCUGGCCCUCCUUGGGCAGCCUGGCUUUGGUCAGUAAACACUCACUUUCAGAG